AGUGCGGUAAAUAGAAUAGCUAAGUUGAAUGAGUCUGUACAGUGAACACUGUACAAGCCAAGUACAAGCGAGUAUAGUAUUCGUUGGUACAAGCCUCUUUCCUCCUCUAUGCUUUCCUCUGCCUGGCCAGUGGCCUGGCCCUCCCUCAGAUCGUGUUUGGAUCGCUUUGUGGGGAGGUGAGAUUCGAGUAUUUCCAGAUUUUAUUGUGCGUUGAAUCAAAUCGGUGAUUAAUACCUACUGUGUUUACAUAAUUCGUGCUUUCGUAUUGUUUAUUUUACAGUUACUACGCGGUGUGUCUUUGAGAAAAGUAUUUACAUUAGAUAUUAUUUUGUAGAUAAUUUAAAAACAAACAAAUAACGCAAUUACAUCUACAACCGGUACAUUAGCAAUCGCAAGAAUGAACGACGGGGGCUGCAUACAUCUGAACAAUUUUAAAGCCGCCAAGGGCCUCAAUCCUUAUAAAAUAGUGCACGCGUUUUUUGUGUCCUGCACAUCCUACGAAGCUAGGAGAUACAAGGCUACAUCAUGCUUAUGUUUUACCUGCGGCCAACCUGGGCCUCGUAUGCACUCCUGUCUUCACUGCAUCUUCUUUGCCUGUUAUGGUGGCCACAUACAGGAGCAUUCUAAAUCCAAAAAACACUUCUUAUAUGUAGAUCUGAGUUAUGGCAAUGUAUACUGUGCCCAAUGCCAGGAUUAUAUUUAUGACAAAGAGCUAACAGAGAUUGCAAAGCUGCACAGAAUGAAGGAAGCUAAGUCACUAGGAAUCAGCUUACCGUACACACCGUGGCUGCCCAACAACAAUGAAGCAGUGGCUCUCCGUCGGCUCCGCAAGCGCAGAAUGAUCAGCCCCCAUACCACCAUCGGUCUGAGGGGGCUCCAGAAUCUCGGAUCUACAUGCUUCAUGAAUUGCAUUGUUCAGACCCUGAUCCACACUCCUCUACUCCGAGACUACUUUCUGGGAGAGAAGCACAAGUGCAAGACGCAGGGCUCGGGCAAGUGCCUCGUUUGCGAGGUCUCAAAACUUUUCCAGGAGUUCUACUCUGGCGCCAAAACUCCGCUGACUCUACACCGGCUGCUGCACCUCAUAUGGACGCACGCGCGUCAUCUUGCCGGGUACGAGCAGCAAGAUGCGCACGAGUUCUUUAUAGCCACGCUCGAUGUGCUGCACAGGCACUGCAUGAACGGCGUCGAAGAUACCGAAAAGAAAGAAAAUGGCCGCUGCAAUUGCAUCAUCGAUCAGAUUUUCACUGGGGGGCUGCAGAGCGACGUGGUUUGCACAUCUUGCUCCGGGGUAUCCACCACUAUAGACCCAUUCUGGGACAUCAGCUUAGACGUGGCCGGCCCUGGGUCACUCCAAGCCUGCUUAGAGAGAUUCACCCGAGCCGAACACCUAGGUUCAGGCGCCAAAAUAAAAUGCUCCAACUGCCGAGCCUACAGGGAAUCUACGAAACAGCUGACCCUAGAAACGCUGCCCAUAGUAGCCAGUUUCCAUCUAAAACGCUUCGAGCAUUCCUCGCAAAUCGAUCGCAAGAUUUCCGCCUUCGUUUCGUUCCCAGCAGAGCUCGAUAUGACGCCAUUUAUGUCGACACAUCGCAGAGCUGUUGAUGCGGCGGACAAUAAUAAUGCUCCCGAAGGAAUAUUUGAGGAUAAUCGCUACUCGUUGUUCGCGGUGGUUAACCAUCUGGGGUCGUUGGAUGCUGGUCACUACACGGCAUACGUCCGUCAGAUGAAAGGCAGUUGGUUCAAGUGUGAUGACCACAUGAUCACGCGAGCCUCGCUCAGAGAGGUGUUGGAUAGUGAGGGGUAUCUCCUAUUCUACCACAAAACCGUUUUGGAAUACGACUGCGAAGUCUCCUAAACUAUUCAAAGGGAAAUAUAAUCGUAAUCAGAUCUAUGUAAUUGAUGUUAAUGUCUUUGCUUUCAAAACAUUUUGUAAAAAAAUGUUCCUCGAGUGAUAUUAGUAUGUAGAUUCGUUUGUUCGAUGUACACAUACGAAUUUGUUAGUCAUUAGGUGUAUAUAAGUUAGGGGCAAAAAAAAACUUUUUUUUUCUUGUAAACUGAAAAAUAUUUAUCGAAUGUCUAGUCUGACGUCUUAAAAGGCCCAUUCACGGCAGGACUGCACGGCAGUGAAUGGGCCCUUUUAGCUAUGGGUCUACCGUACAUAUGUUGUAUUUUAGUUGUUUGUAAUACUUAACUGGC